AAACCGUGCUGUUCGAUGAAAUUACAUUUCAUCCAAACAACCAUGAAGGGAACACAGAUGCAUGGAGCAGCGACGGCUCCGAAAACAUGGAUUGAAGCAACCUUUUUCAAAAGGGAAUGUUGCCGAUACAAACCAAGCAAUAAGGAUGAAUUAAGAUGUUCUUGCGGACGCACUAUAGAACAGCACAAAUAUUUAACGACCCGAAACCCCAUGCCACCUGGAGAAAUAUGGUUUCCUACCAAAUGUACCGUGGCCCACCCUACCGACGCGUACGGAACUCUGGAGUUUCAGGGCGGACCCCAUCCUUCCAAAGCCCAGUACAUAAGGGUGGCGCACGAUACCAAACCCGAGUAUUUAAUGCAACUGUUGACCCGUGAAUGGGGUUUAGAACUGCCAAAACUACUGAUCUCAAUCCAAGGCGGUAAGGCGAAUUUCGAUCUGCAGCCGAAACUUCAAAAAAUAUUGCGCAAAGGGCUGCUGAAGGCAGCGCGAUCCACCGGGGCGUGGAUAUUCACUGGAGGGACCAAUACAGGUGUUACAAAACAUAUCGGGGAUGCGUUGCUUCUCGAAAGAUCUCAAAGAACGGGCAGAGUGAACACACUAGGAAUUGCUCCUUGGGGUGUAGUAGAAAAUAAUCAAGACUUAAUUGGGCACAAUACCGAAGUACCCUACCACUCGAUAUCAUCGCCCAGAUCGAGAAGUGCAGCGUUAAACAACCGACACGCAUAUUUUCUGUUAGUAGAUAACGGUACUAUCGAAAAAUAUGGCGCAGAAAUUAUUCUGCGAAGGAGACUGGAAAAAUACAUAUCCAAACAAAGAUUAUAUCCCUUCACACAAAGCCCAAUUCCAAUAGUAUGUUUAGUAAUAGAAGGUGGGACAAAUACAAUAAGAGCAAUAUUAGAGUAUGUCACAGAUGACCCACCAGUCCCAGUGGUCAUUUGCGAUGGGUCAGGCAGAGCAGCCGACCUCAUAGCUUUUAUGUGCAAAUAUGAAUGUUCAAUGUUAAGAACCAUGAAAGAGUAUAUAAUAGCCGCCAUUCAGAGAGCCUUCGAAGUUGCCGCUCAGUUAGCUGAUGGACUAUUUAGCGAACUAAUGUUAUGUGUGGAAAAUAAGCAUUUGAUAACAAUCUUUAGAACAUCUGACAAAUAUGACCAAAAGCCACAAGAACUAGAUCAGAUUAUUUUAACAGCCCUUUUCAAAUCUCAACAUCUCUCACCCACUGAACAACUUAGCCUGGCACUAACCUGGAACAGAGCUGACAUAGCUCGAUCGGAAAUAUUCAUCUAUGGCCAGGAAUGGCCACCUGGAGCGUUAGAAGAUGCAAUGAUGAAGGCUUUAGAACAUGAUAGGUGUGACUUUGUUAAGCUAUUGUUAGAGAAUGGAGUAAGUAUGAGAAAAUUUUUGACAAUACCGAGAUUGGAAAAUCUUUACAACUCAAAACAAGGCCCUAGUAAUACUCUCAGAUAUAUUUUACGAGAUGUGAGGCCUCAUAUACCAGUGGGAUAUGUAUACACGCUACAUGACAUUGGAUUGGUUAUAAAUAAACUAAUGGGCGGAGCUUACAGAGCAUUUUAUACAAGAAGAAAGUUUCGGCCUAUAUAUGCAAAGGUUAUGAACAGAGCUCAGAAUUUAACAAUGGGCACCGCACCUUCCAAGCCAUUUUGCGCAAUCAGCUUACUGACUGAAUCACUUCCAUCAGGUGCAAGCCCCUGUUUAUUUGACUAUCCAUUCAAUGAACUUUUGAUUUGGGCUGUGCUUAUGAAACGACAUAAAAUGGCGUUGUUGAUGUGGCAACAUGGCGAGGAAGCUUUGGCAAAAGCGUUAGUGGCAUGUAAAUUAUAUAAGGCAAUGGCCCAUGAGGCUGCCGAAGAUGAUUUGGAAACCGAGGUUUAUGAAGAACUUAGAGCUUUUGGAAGGGAAUUUGAAACUAUAGGGUUAGAGGUAUUGGACUAUUGUUAUCGACAGGACGACGAUCAGACGCAACAGCUGUUAACUUGCGAAUUGCAAAAUUGGUCAGGACAAACUUGUCUUAGUUUAGCUGUAGCAGCUAAUCAUAGAGCACUCCUAGCUCACCCCUGUUCACAAAUAAUUUUGGCAGAUUUAUGGAUGGGUGGAUUACGUACUAGAAAAAAUACCAAUAUUAAGGUCAUUAUGGGUCUAUUUUGUUGCCCUUAUAUAUUAAAACUGGAAUUCAAAAGUAAGGAAGAGUUGCAAUUGAUGCCACAAACAACAGAAGAACAUAAAGAACUGGAGAAUGAUGAUGAUGACAAGUCAGUUCCCGAAAAGCAUCCAGAUGGAGAGUGGAUAAAUAAUCACGGGUACAUAUUCAGAAGAGCGCUUCUUACCGAGAAUUACAUCGUUAGGGACAAAUUGAUUCAAGAAAAUGGCAAAUAUUUCACAGAAUAUGACAAUACCAAGUAUCAUAGUGCCGCUACAGACAUGCAUUCCGAUAAAACACAGAAGCAGCGAGAAUUAAAAAUCAAGAAAAAAUUGUACGAAUUCUAUACUGCACCUAUAACAAAAUUUUGGGCCAAUUCAAUUGCGUAUCUAAUAUUUUUGGUUCUCUUCAGUUAUACAAUACUAGUGAAAAUGGACGAGAUGCCCAUUUGGCAGGAGUGGGUUUCGAUGGCGUUUAUUAUUUCAUUUGGCUGUGAGCAAAUCAGAGAACUCAUUUCCUCUGAACCAGUACGCCUAAGUCAAAAAGUGGCUGUUUGGUCAUGGAACAUGUGGAAUCCUUGUGAUAUGGGCGCCGUUUUGUUUUUUUUGGUUGGAAUGACCCUCAGGUUUGGCGCCCAAACAUUUAGUGAGGGGAGAGUGAUAUAUUGCGUUAAUAGCAUCUACUGGUACUUAAGAAUACUCAAUAUUUUAAGUGUUAAUAAAUACUUAGGUCCACUAGUCACUAUGAUGGGCAAAAUGGUGAAGAAUAUGAUAUAUUUUGUUGUCCUCUUAUUAAUUGUGUUAAUGAGUUUUGGUGUUAGCCGUCAAGCGAUACUUAAUCCGCAGGAACCGCCACAAUGGAAAAUUGUCAGAGACGUUUUUAUGGAGCCAUAUUUCAUGUUAUAUGGAGAAGUGUAUGCAGAUAAAAUCGAUCCUGAUUGUGCUGAUGACUCGGAAUUUCCUUGUGUAAGUGGUCGUUGGAUAUCUCCCAUCAUCAUGUCCAUCUACCUUUUGGUUGCCAAUAUUUUGCUGAUCAACCUGCUUAUAGCCGUGUUUAACAAUAUUUUCAAUGAAGUGAAUUCGGUAGCUCAUCAGGUUUGGAUGUUUCAACGAUUUACGGUUGUAAUGGAGUACGAACAAAAACCAAUUCUGCCACCUCCGUUGAUCAUUUUCUGUCACAUAUUCUUGUUGCUAAAAUACAUCCGCAGAAAAAUGGAAGGAAAGGAGGAAGGCUACGAUAAUGGUUUAAAGUUAUUUUUGGAUAGGGAUGAAAUGGAACGUUUGUACGAUUUUGAAGAAGACUGUGUGGAAGGUUACUUGGCUGAACAAGAGACCAAAUUGCAACAGUCCACAGAACAGCGAAUCAAAAUCACGACUGAAAGAAUUGAGUAUUUAACGCAGAAAGUCGAAGAUAUCCAUUCAAGAGAAAAUGUACAGACGACCGUACUUCAAAAUUUGGAGGUUCGAUGUCGGAAAUUUGCUGAACAGUUGGUCGAUAUGGCGAACGAAUUGGAAUUUCUAAAACAGCGACAACAUUAUGCCAGUCAGAAACGGGAAAAACUUCUUACACAGACUAGUUCAAAAGACACAGCUGAUCCUGAAACGCCUGAACGUGUAACGGAGAGCGAGAUUUCUGCAAUUGCCGAUUUAAUUAACCAACCGACAAAACGCAAAACUAUGACGAGGUCGCUGACUGAAGUGAGACCUGAUGCGUUCAUUUUCGAUAACGGGCAAUAUAUCGAAUAUAGGCACAUCGAGGAAGAGCAUGACGAUUUCAAGCAGGAUGUUGAUAAUAUCUCAGUAACAGGUGAAGAAACUUCUGCAAUAAGUGGCACACCUGUCACUGUGUUGGAUAAACGUCAAAUGGCAAGGGCACAGUCUGAACCGGAAAGUUCCGAAUUGCCAGCGUCCGAAUCUUUUACUAAUUCGUUAAAUAACGAACCUAAAAUCAAAAUUAUACCUCGCGAAGCCAUUUUGAUGCAUAUGCAUAGCGAAUAUACUAGUAUUACAGACGAGUUGGAAACUGUGUGCGGUUUACUGAGCCCGUCGAAAUCACCGGGGCUUUUGUCACCCCCCGGACCUGACCGAUCUCCGCCAAGUAUAAGGAAACGUCAUGUCUCUGAAAUGUCUAAUCCCGAAAUAGCACUCAACUUUGAAAAGGAACAUUUACGGAGUGCUGAAGAAUGCGAUUAUAUGGUAAUGGAAAAUUUGAUCCAGAGACGUUAUGAGAACGAUUCCGAGGAUGAGGUGUUGGUUAAGGAAAAUGAAGGGAUUGAACCACAGACGGGACGAACUUCCGCUUUGUUAAGUGUAUUAUCUGAAACGCGUGAAUACAGAUUGAAUUCGUGGCCUGUUCGCAGCAUGCUUUCCAGAUCUGAAGCCACGGAGGGUGAACUAUCUAAUCCUAAUAUAAGUAGUAGCGGUAGAUCCCAAAGCGAAACAAGUUAGGGAAGUCAAAUAGAUAAACUUUUAGAAUUUCGAAUACUAUUUGUGUCGAACACAGUAUUUUUGUCUCUCAUCAUAAAGAAUGCUCAUAUUUAAAAUGAAAAUGCGUGCGUAUAUAUCAAAUUUAUUUUUUUUUUCUCGAUAUUGUGAUUUUACAGUACAAUAAACUGAUUUAAAUCAAACAUUUUUGUGAGUUAUUUGUAGGAUUCUUGUCUCCAGUCAUACAUAAUGCUCAUAUUUAAACAAAAAAUGCAUACAUAUAUCAAAUGUAUUUUUCCCUCGAUAUUGUGAUUUUACAGUACAAUAAACAGAUUAAAAUCAAAAAUGUUUUUUUUUUUAAUUAUUUACUGUCCCACUUUAUAAUUCCCAAAUUUAUAAAAUUUGUGACCCCGAACCGUUUUUACACUCCAUAACCUUUCUGUCAAUUCUUUGAUGCUGGGUUUUUACAUAUAACCCACUGAAACAUGAAAUACAAAAACGAAAAAUUUACAGAAUUAAAAUUUAUCUCUGUAAAAUGUAGU